AUGCAGCCCACCAUGAUCCACACUCAACCUUGUCAAGAUUUCAUGAAUUCUCAAACACAGCAACAAUUUCAGUGUCCACAACCACAACAACCUCAGCAACCAAAAGUGAACCAUUUUGCUGAGAUGAUGAAUCAUCCACUACAAAUGAAUAAUCAGAGGGGAAACCCACAGGCAAACCCAAAUGGUGAUCAACAUUCCCAUCAUGCUGAAUGGAAUGCAAAUCCACCACAACCACAAGGAUCAUCCAUGUAUCCAUUCUUGCCUCCACUUCCUCCCAUGAAACCAAUGAUGAUGACCACCAAUGUAACACCUCAACAAUUAUUAACUCAAGGUUUCACCUCCACCACUGUCACUUGUCAACAACAUGGAGUGCUAACCUUCAAUGUUCCACCACCAGACAUGGAACAAAAAUUCCAUCUUGUCCAAUUGGAAAGUAAUGCUAAAAGAUGGUUAUAUCAAAGACGCAAAGUGAUUGAAAUGUUGCAAUCUUUGGUCAAUGAUUUGAAUCGAGUGGCCACCAACACCACAAAAACAAAGAUUGGUGGAACAGCCACAAAUAUUGUUGGAACAGGUUUGUUGGUGGGUGGUAUAGUCGCAGCUCCAUUUACUUUUGGAAGUUCUUUGCUUGCUUCGGCUGCUGGUAUUGGUUUAGUUGGUGCUGGAACUGCAGUCACUGUUGGUUCUUCCAUUGCUGAGUGGAAACAUGCCAAAAAGAUGGCAAAAUUAAUACAAAUCGAAUUGGAAAAGGACACCCAAGAAAUGAAUGAAAUGCUUCGUCAAAUCUAUGAAUAUCGUUCCUACGAUACCUAUCUUGAAUAUCGAACUUUGAAUUUUGACAAUUGUCAAGUCACGGUCAUGCAAUUUGUGAAUGCAUUGGUUGGAAAUGGAAAAAGUACCUCUCACCAAUCAGGUUGUAUUACAAGUGGUAAAUUGACUCAUGGUAACGCAGGAGCAACCAGCUUAGUUAGUCUUCUCAUUAAGGGAGCCAUUCCAGUUGUGAGUAUUCCUGUCGAUAUGUGUCUCUUGGUUCAGGAAUCUAAAAAAUUGAAUGACAAAGAACCUUCCAAACUUGCAGGUCGAGUCAUUCCUGUCAUUGAAGCUUUGAGAAUGCAAACUCAACUUGCCACUGGACAAAUUAUUUAG